UGACUGGGUUCUGCGAGGGAAGGACCAUGAAUGAUCCGACUCAGGAUGAGAAGGUGCUGCAGCAGAUUGAGAUGGAGGUGCGCAUGCGGGAGGGGGCUGGUAAGCUGCUGGCUGCCUGUUCCCAGAAAGACCAGGCCCUGGAGGCCUCCAAGAGUCUGCUGACCUGCAACACUCGCAUCCUGGCUUUUCUCAGCCAACUGCAGCAGAUGAGGAGAGCUCAGAUCUUGGAGAGAGUGGGAUCCAGAGCCUCUGAAGAUGAAGAUGUGGCACCAUGUACCGGAAAAAUAGCACUUUCAGACCUGCGGAUCCCCCUCAUGUGGAAGGACUCGGAGUACUUUAAAAACAAAGGCGACCUGCACCGCUGUGCUGUGUUCUGCCUUCUUCAGUGCGGCACUGAGAUCCAUGACACAGAUCUGGUGAUGGUAGACCGGACUCUAACUGAUGUCUGUUUCGAUAACACAAUCAUAUUCAACGACGUGGGUCCAGGGUUCCAGCUCCGCGUGGAGCUCUACAGCAGCAGUGCCGUCGAGGACUUCACGCCGGGAGCCCUGGUCCCCAGGAGACUGAGCUUUCUGGGAAGCUCCCUGGGAGGCUCCCUGGGAGGCUCUCUGGGAUGUUCCUCCGGCAAAAAGAUCAGAGCGGCGUUUGACUCCGCAGGUGCUUGUGGAUCUGCUCCUGCUGGACGACACGUGAGACCGGGACGGGUGUCCCUGCCUCUAUCGCUUGACCAGUCUGCACUGGGCCCGAAGUACAACCUGUUGGCUCACACGACUCUGACCAUCAAACACAUCCAGGAAGGUCUAAAAGCACAUGAUCUCACAUUUUCAGCAUCAGAGGACAGUCCGUUCUGGUUGCCCUUGUAUGGCAGCAUGUGCUGUCGCUUUGUAGCUCAGCCUCACUGUAUGACCCAGGCAGUGAUGAGGGGUCAAGUCAAGGUCAAGCUCAACCAGGACUCCAGUUGCUGGGAGACCUUCCACGCCACCAUCAGGAGCCAAAGUCUUCUCUGUUAUCAAACUCAAGAAGACCUGGACACCGAAGAGAGGCCGCUGCUUGUGAUCCCCGUAAGAAAGGACACAUGCGUCUAUGUGUCUGACGACGAUCCUGUCCACGGCCAGAACGUGAACAUCAGAGCGCAGCUUCAAGGAGAAGAUGUAACCUACACCAUUACCACGGAAAUUGCUGAAGACAUACAUCUCUGGAGCAAGGCCCUCCAACAACACAUCUUUAACCUUGGCCAGUGGGGGCCAUGUUGUGAUCUCCUCAUGAGAAUUGAACCAGCAAACUCCAGGAGGCCUAAUGCCAUGAAGCAAGGAUCUCUGUACCAUGAAAUAGUAACGCCCUCUUCUCCAAGAAUGGGUCCUGUGGUUCACGAUCUAUCUCACGAGAUUCGCACCUUGCUGUCGUCAUACUACAGUGAAAGUUACUAAACUCCUUGUGAGAAGCCGGGGACCGCUUCUGUUCUCAUUACCCGACCUGAUCAAGGGGGACUUGGGCCUGACGAGCAUAGUUACCUUCUUCAAGGAGACCGGUCUUCCUGUGUCAUUGUCACUGUUUUCAUUAAUCUUUCUGUUUAGCCAAUGGUAAUAGGAAGGAAUGAGUCAAUUGAAAUAAAUGAUAUGUAAAUGCUGGAAGGUCUCCCAGUAUAAGUCUCUGUAAAUAUAACCAUGGACACAACAUGCCCUGCUGUUUUUAAUUUGGUGAUGUUGAUGCAUCCACCCUCCGUUGUGAUAGUUGAAGCAAUCAGGAAUUACGGCUUGGCAUCCAAACUUUGGUAUUAAACCCCAUACCGAGUCUGGCUCACUUGCUGAUGACUCAUGCGGCAAUGAUUUAUUUUCCGCCUCCCAGUGACCGAACGCUGGUCGUCCCGUGGAUACACAUCCUCAUUUGUUCAAUAUGUUGUUUUUAAUGGUGCAAAUGACCGUCAAACAUUUCUCUAACACGUUUAUAUAUUAUAUAUCACUCUCCACAGCAAAAAGUAAACUAU